AUGGUCAGGUUUCCUGGUUCCUCGUCAGCCUGUGCGGUGCUGCUUGCCCUCCUCGCGGGCGCACCGCAAGCGGCACAAGCAGUCGACGUGACUGUCAGUCUCAACUAUUCGACUUAUAUCGGCACGGCACAAUCGGGCACCGGAGUCACCGAAUGGCUGGGUAUCCGGUACGCAGCGCCGCCUCUCGGCGAUCUUCGCUUCGUGCGGCCCCAGGACCCGCCGGUGGUCAGCACUCCACAACCAGCUAACCAACAUGGAAAAGUCUGUCUCGGCACCGACAAACCCUCGAACGCAACCGACACAUCAGAGGACUGCCUUUUCCUCGAUGUCUAUGCGCCCAGCAACGCCACCACAACGUCCAAACUGCCCGUCUUCUUUUUCAUCCAGGGGGGUGGCUUCAACGAGAACUCCAACGCAAACCUCAAUGGCACAGGUCUGGUCAACGCGUCCGGAAACAACAUCCUUGUAGUCACGAUCAACUACCGCGUCGGCCCGUACGGGUUUCUGACCAACGGAGACGAGCUACAGCUCAACAACGGGUUGUAUGACCAGCGCAAGGCUCUGGAAUGGGUACAGAGUUAUGUCGAGCAGUUCGGGGGGGACCCCGACCACGUUGUCCUGGGCGGGGACUCGGCCGGCGCCGCGAGCGUCAGCCUGCACCUGGCCGCAUUCGGCGGACGUGACGACGGGCUGUUCCACGCUGCCGCUGCCGAAUCGGUGUCGUUCGCCACGGUGCUCACGGUCGAGGAGAGCCAGUACCAGUACGACAAUCUCGCACUUCGGCUUGGGUGUGUCGGCAGCGCGAACGAGUCCCUGGCAUGUCUGCGUUCCAAGACGGCUGUCGAGAUCCAGGACCUGAAUUACAACAUCCCGUAUCCCGGCGCAGCGGACCGGCCACGGUACAUGUACAACCCGGUCAUCGAUGGGGACUUCAUCCGGGAGUUGACUUACACAGCUUUCGCGGAGGGCAACUUCAUCAAGGUGCCCGUCAUUUUUGGCGACGACACGAACGGCGGCACUUCCUUCGCGCCCGAGAACACCUCGACACUCGCACAGAGCAACAUGUGGCUCAGGAACCAGUUUCCCUUUAUCACUCUAGAGCAGUUCGCGGCCAUCAAUGAGCUGUACCCCAAUGAGAACCAGACCUGCCCCAACGUCGGUUGCUACUGGCGCCAGUUAGCAGAUACGUACGGGGAGAUGCGGUACAUGUGUCCAGGGCUGUAUAUCAGCUCCGCCUAUGUCAAGUCUGGCAUCGCGCAGAGUUGGAAUUAUCGGUGGAAUGUCGAGGACCCAGCACAAAUUGCCGCGGGCCAGGGCGUGCCGCAUACGGUCGAAUUGAAUGCCAUUUUUGGGCCUUAUAAUACCAACGGCAAUUCGCCCGCCAGCUACUAUCCGAACGGAACGAAUGCGAAUGCGGUGCCAGUUGUGCAGGGUUAUUGGACCAGUUUUAUCAGGUCGUAUGAUCCGAACACCUACCGACUGAAUGGGACGGCAGAGUGGCUCGCGUGGGAUGACAGCUCACAGCAGCGGAUACUGUUUGACACGGGGGGCUUGACAAGCAUGGAAAGCCUGACGGGCUCUGACCUGAUGGAGAGGUGUGAUUACUGGUAUGGCAUUGGGGUUGACAUUCGUCAGAAGAGAUCGACAUAG